AUGCCUCACAAGCACAAGCGCCGUGAAAAGGAUGAUUCCCACUUCAACCUGCCACCCUCAGUGAUCGCAAAAGCCCUCCCGGUCCGCGACCCCAACGCCAAACCCAAGAUCAACGCCAAGAACGGCAAGAAGCCAUUUGCGCCCAAGAAGUCAGCCCCUCGACAGCAAAAUGACCCCGCUAAAAAGGUCACCGGACCAGCGACCACCCGUCGCAAAACUGCCAACGAAGACGACACCCCGAAAGCUUUCCAGCGGUUAAUGCAGUUCCGAGAAACCGGCCGACGGGCCCCCUCCGGCCUGGAAACUGGCGAGAAGAAGAACAAGAAGCGCAAGCGUGAAGGAGAAGAUAAGGAAACCCCGCAGAAGAAGCAAACCGCUACCGAGUCCAAGGCAGAACCCGCCAAAGAAGUCAAAGCGGUCAUGCCGAAGAUCCUGCCCGGCGAGAGACUGGGUGACUUUGCUGCCCGUGUUGAUCGCGAAAUGCCUCUCUCGGCUAUGACCAAGAAUAACACCAAGGGAGGUGUCAAGGUCCGCGAUCACAAGAUGACGAAGCACGAGAAGCACCUUCGCAAACUGCAGGCUGGUUGGCGCGAGGAAGAAGCUAAGAUCAAGGAGCGCGAGCAGGCUGAGGCUGAGGAGCGGGCUGCCGAGAUGGAGGAUUACAUGGAUACUCUGAAGGAGUGGGAGCUUGAAGCGCGCGGUGGAAAGGCUAAGAAGAAGGGUACUGUUCCUAAGAAGUCAAAGAAGAAGAGUGGUACAGGCGAGGACGGGGCUCCCGAGAGCGGCGACGAUAAUCCUGAUCCGUGGGCGAAGCUCAAGAAGCGUGAUAAGGAGCGACAGGCCAAUCCAUUUGAGACUGCGAAGGCGCCGCCGGAGUUGAUCAAGCCGAGAGAGAUCUUCAAGGUUCGCCGUGGUGCGACGGUUGACGUGGCUAAUGUACCGAAUGCUGUUGGUAGUCUGAGACGGCGGGAGGAGUUGGCUGGAGAGCGCAGGAAUAUCGUCGAGGAGUACAGACGCUUGAUGGCCGAAAGACGGGGACAAGCAUAA